AUGCAACAAUCUAUCUCCAGCCCGCUUUUGGGGGAGAGAUCCGAACAUGCGUACGCCUCGGCGGCUAUAACCUACGACUGUGUCCACUAUCUCUGUUUCUUUUCAGCUGGCACCAACAGAAAGAACCAGUGCCCGCUUCCUUUCUAUUGUCCACGAAUCGCCGCCUCGCUGGAAGGUCUGACCACAACAACCUAUGUUCGUUGCAUGGUGGACAACCCACAAGGACCCCUUACAGUCAACCUCACGGCAACCUACAAUAAGUAUACUCAGCCAGCUUUUCUUGGGCGCAAUGCAACAACUCUCCCCAGUCUCCUUUGGGCAGAAUCGGUUAUCUCGAAUUGGUGGAUGAGUCUUGUCACCACAUUCGAAGCCGCCAACGAUGCCUUGGAACGACCUACAUACAAAGGACGGCUCGCGAUCUCGCCUAACUCAAACACCCUUCCAACCUCUGCGGAUGACAUCAAAUCGCUAGACAUGCUCAACGGCAACGCUUACUUCGUCCCGUUCUUGGACAAAGGCAUCAUCGACGCUUUCUGGUACACACCGACCGCCAACAUCAGCGUGCUAGCAAGCAUGACAACCAUGAAUGCAUCGUUUCCAGCCUCUUGGGAGCCGGCCGACUACCUGGCGAAGGGUCUAUACUACACCGUGCUCACGGACCUUGGGCAAACCGAUUCUCACGGCACAAACAUCUUCGCCAACUCAGACCUCCUGGCCUACUUCACGAAGAACUUCACUUCCAUCGUCGCUACUGGCGAAAAGGAGAUCGCACGGGCAACACCAUACGGAGACCUCCCGUCCGUCCCAUUUGAUCCCACAAGUGCGGAAGCAUCAACUUUGCGAAUCGACCCGUCAGUCCUCGCAACAGAGUAUCUUUGCCAGGUUCCGCAGCUGAAACCGAGCGGAUCGCUCAUCAUCGCGGUCUUGAUCGCGGAUAUCGUCUUGCUCAAGACUAUUUGGCAGCUAUACAAGCUCGUGGUAGACUGGACUUUACAGAGGCAUCACCCGGACAUGAAGCUAUGCGAAGGGUGUCUCGCUCGGCACGAGAAGAUGGACGAUCUAUCGACUGUCGAGAGCAAGCUGCAAAUUUCGAGCCCUCGUGGGCAAUACCAGAAGAUACACGUUAGUGAACGCAGCUCCGUAUUCGAGGAAUAA